CUUUGUUGAAUCUCAAUCCUUUUUCAAUAAAUAUAUAUGCAAUAAGCUAUGAAGAAUAAGAAGAGGGCUAACAAAGAUGCAGCUGUUGUCAGAUUUUAGAGAUGUUUAAAAUAUGGUCAUUUGACUUAUGAAUGCAAAAAUGAAAAUGUUUAUUUGUAUGGACCCUCAAUAACAAUGCAGUUCAAGUAAGAAAUAUAAUAGGUAAUAAUUUUAGAGAAAAAUAAUUACAAUACGAAUUGAAUAGUGAAAAGCCACCUGGGGUUCCUGAUGCAUUUGAUGGAGAUUGGAAGAGAAACGCAAAAAGGAAAGUGCCUUUGGAAGUAUCUUCAGAUUCAAGCAAUGAUGAAUAAGUGUAGGUAAAGAAAGAGGGAACCACAAUCAAUGUAAAGAAAUAAAGGAGUUCAUCAUCUUCUGAGAGCAGUAAUGAGGACUCUAGCAAUAGCGAUAGUGACUCAUCAGCUUCAUCUUAUAAAAGGAGUAAAAGUAGAUCAAAGGAUAAAAGAAAAAAAAAAUGA